UGGACGCGGAUGUUUGUGGAGAGCGGGCGCGGCGCGGCCGGGCGCGGAGCGGGGCUGGGCGGCUUAAACCAUCUGUCCUUUGAUCCUGCCAGCAACAGCAAAUCUCUGCAGUUUGGCAGCCUGAGUGGUGCAUGCGUGUCGGAAAGCCCAACUGAGAAUGGGAGUGAUCCAGGCAAGAAGAGGAAGAGAACAAACGUUCCUCCAGCAGAUGGUGGCAGAAAUCUGAGCCUAGACUCCAUUUCAAUGGGCUUGCCAAUGUCAGACCCAACUGCCUGGGCCACUGCGAUGAACAACCUGGGGAUGGCUCCCAUGGGGAUGACAGGACAGCCCCUCCUGCCAGAUGAAGUAAAGCAUGUAGUUGUGAGAUGCUUUGACAAGACUACAAUGUCUAAAAUGAAUACACAUCAUCUUUCACGCCAUCCAGAUUUUGAUCCUGCUCUUGGAAUGAUGACUGGAAUCCCUCCAAUCAAUCCCAUGAUGCCAGGCUUGGGCAUAGUCCCUCCUCCCAUCCCUCCAGACAUGCCUGCUGUGAAGGAGAUCAUUCACUGCAAGAGCUGCACUCUUUUCCCACCUAACCCACAUCUGCCCCCUCCAGCAACAAGAGAGAGGCCCCCAGGCUGUAAGACCGUGUUUGUCGGGGGGCUGCCGGAAAAUGGAACCGAGCAGAUCAUUAUGGAAGUGUUUGAGCAGUGUGGAGAAGUCAUAGCUAUUCGGAAGAGUAAGAAGAAUUUCUGUCACAUCCGCUUCGCUGAGGAGUUCAUGGUGGACAAGGCGCUGUAUCUUUCUGGCUAUCGCAUCAGGUUGGGUUCCAGCACUGACAAGAAGGACACCGGGCGCCUGCACGUGGAUUUUGCCCAGGCUCGGGAUGACCUCUAUGAGUGGGAGUGCAAGCAGCGCAUGCUGGCAAGGGAGGAGCGCCAUCGCAGGAGGCUGGAGGAGGAACGCUUCCACCCGCCCUCCCCACCUCCUGUUGUGCAUUACUCUGACCACGAGUGCAGCAUUGUUGCGGAGAAGCUGAAAGAUGACACUAAGUUCUCAGAAGCUGUGCAGACCUUGCUCACCUGGAUAGAGCGUGGAGAAGUGAACAGGAGGACUGCAAACAAUUUCUACUCCAUGAUUCAGUCGGCCAACAGCCACAUUCGCAGAUUGGUGAACGAGAAGGCAGCGCAUGAGAAGGAGAUGGAAGAAGCUAAAGAGAAGUUCAAGCUUGCUCUCUCAGGGAUUCUGGUUCAGUUCGAGCAAAUAGUGGCCGUGUACCAUUCUGCCUCCAAACAAAAGGCUUGGGACCAUUUCACGAAAGCUCAGCGUAAGAACAUCAGCGUGUGGUGCAAACAAGCAGAGGAGAUUCGUAACAUUCAUAAUGACGAACUAAUGGGCAUUCGAAGAGAGGAGGAAAUGGAAAUGUCUGAUGAAGAAAUAGAAGAUCCAUCAGAAAUGAAAGAAACGGAUGAAUCAGCACUUGUGUCACAGGUGGAAGCCCUGAAAGAAGAAAAUGACAGUCUGCGCUGGCAGCUGGAUGCCUACCGGAAUGAAGUAGAGCUCCUAAAGCAGGAGCACGGCAAAGCCAGCAGGGAUGAAGACACAACCAAAGAGCAGCAGCUGAAACUUCUCCAGCAGGCUCUGCAGGGAAUGCAGCAGCAUCUUUUGAAAGUUCAAGAUGAAUACAAAAAGAGAGAAGCUGAGCUGGAAAAAGUGAAAGAAGACAAACUAAAAAUCGAAACGUUAUUAGAAACCCUUAAGGAGCAGCAAAGCAUAGCAAAUGAAGAGGACAAAGAGAGAGAUGUUACUGAUGGCCAAGGGAAUGAGAGCAGUAUGCCCAGAGUUUGUGCAUGCAGCCAGGAGAAGGAGUGUCCAGUUGAGAAGACACUGAGCAAUAGCCCUGUGAAAUCAGAACGAGAAGCUCUCUUAGUUGGAAUAAUUUCAACAUUUCUUCACGUGCACCCAUUUGGAGCAAGCAUAGAGUACAUUUGUUCCUACCUGCAGCGCCUGGACAGCAAAAUUUGCACCACAGAAGUGGAAGUUCUCAUGACCAGACUACAGACGACAUUUAAACAGGAGCUGAGUGGGGUUGGGGCCAGUUUGGAGAAAAAAUGGAAGUUUUGUGGCUUUGAUGGCUUGAAAAUGACUUGAACUUCAGCUGAACUGACUUAACACUGAAAGCAACAGCAGGAUGUGUGCGUCAAGAAAAUUUGGGAUGCCUCUUACCUCUGUUUCUGAUGAUUAUCUUGCACGCAUGGGAUAAUAAUGUAAGUGAAAUUUUAAGUCCAGAUUAGCACUAGGAGAAACUUCAGGUGCUGGAGCUUCUUUGAGUUAUUUUGUUAACAGGCAAAGUGCUGUUUGAUACAUUUUGUGUACAAAGUUCAUGUCUGAUAUUUUCAAGCACAGCAUGUAGACCCAGUGUUUUGCCAAUGUUGUAUCUGUUUCGUGUGCCCAAAUCUCUGGUUAUCAUUGUACCUUCUUUUUACUGAUAGAAACAUAUAGACUAUCCACUCAGACAAUAGUUUUCUGGUUUCUAGAACCACCAAAAGGAAAAAAAAAAAAGGCAUUUUUUUAGACCUUUAUAUGCUAAAAAAGUAAAUAUGUUUAAGCAGAAGAUUUAAUUGAGCCUAACAAUCAGUUCUUUUUCAUGCUCUUUUCUCUACUGAAGGUUUAACUGUUAAGCUAAGGUGAAGGCAGUGUCACCAGGAGUGUGAUUAUAGCAGUACCUCUGGGGUGUGCAUUGCAAAAUCAGUCUAAACAAACUUUUUGUGGGAGGGAUAUUUAAUUUUCUACUGAUCUGGGUGGAGCAAAAGGCCUACAUCAGACCUGUAUUUUUACUGAUUGUUUACCAUCAAAUUUCUCCACCUGCUUUGUUUUUGAGACUGAUCUUCACAAAGUGUGAGAAGCAGCACAGACUGCAGCUUCCCAAGGGCUGUUCCUCGUGUUCUCAGUAAACAUCAGACACUCAGCCCUCUGCAGAAAAUUAGUAAGAUAGACUCUGAAAUGCUUUAACAAUCAAAAAACCAAACGAAAAGGAAUCCACGCUGUCAUCAGACAGAGCUUUGGUAGUGGAUACCUCCUGGAGUUGUAGAAGUGAGUGAGGGACCUGCAUGUAUCUUAUUGUGGUGCAGGCUGCAGAAACGAGUGGAACAAACCUUUCUAUUGGGACCAGGCUGCCCAUGCUGGGGGGAGCUACCUGCUCACCUUGCUCCUGACACUGAAAGCCUGCUACACUGGAAACCCUUUUAAAGAAAUCUGAGUAUUUGUGUCACUACAAGUGAACGUUGUAUUUUUAAGGAAUAAACAUUUUUUAUGUUCCAA